AUGAUUUUCACCGAUGAAGAAGCUGCUGAUGUCAAGAAAUGGGUGAUCAAAAAGCUUGAAGACAUCUCAGACGCAGACUCCGAAGUCCUUGCCGACUAUGUUCUUGCGCUUGUUAGGUCAGACGCGCCAGAUGACCAGCUUCGAAAGGCGUCGACUGAGAAUCUCGAAGAUUUCUUGCGAGAGAAUACUGUUCCCUUUGUGAAUGAGCUCUUUACAACCUUUGGCACGAAGCAAGGUGUUUCGUCGGCCCCUCCGGCCCCAUUUCAGCAACCUCCCCAAAACUUCCCUCAACCUACCUCUCCACAACAGCCCCAGCAGCCAUUCAAUACCCUCACUAGUCCUCUCGAUGAGUCCAAUAGCCGAAAGCGCUCGUACAACGAGGGAUUCCAGGGCGAACCGGAUUUCCAGAAUGGCGCACCCCAGAACCGCAACUUCAAAUCGCCGCGACGAGGUCGUGGUGGUGGUCGCGGCGACUGGAUGGGCCGCGGUGGCCAUUCGCAGAGUGGUCAGCAAUUUUCGCAAGGCCAACCCGGUACCUUCUCCUUUCAACCUGGGUUCCCACCGAAUGAUCCUAUGGCAGCCAUGAUGGCUAUGCAGGGUAUGGGAUUCCCGCAGAUGCCGGGUAUGCCACCCAUGCCUGUAAUGCCCGGUGCCCCCGGCCAGCCUGUCAUGGAGCCAACUGGUCAGCCCUGCCCGUUUUACGAAACACAGGGUAUCUGUUACCUGGGUACAGCUUGCCCGUACCAGCACGGUGAAGCUGGCUCUAAAAACGAUGGUGGGAUCAAUAAUUUCGUUAUCAAAAAUAGUGUACUGACUGCCUCGAUAGAGUAUGAUCCAAAGACAGCAGCGCUUUCGACAGACUCAUGGCGUGGUGGUGAUCGCUUCGGUCGUGGCCGCGGACGUGGUGGACAAAGUGGACGAGGACGCGGCGGCAGGUCCGACUUUGCGUCCGCAGGUCCCAACGAAGAUCGAUCUAUUACUACAAUCGUGGUGGAGCAAAUUCCUGAUGACAAAUUCAAUGAGGAAUCUGUGCGCGAAUUCUUCGCUCAGUUUGGAAGUAUCGUUGAUAUCACUCUGCAGUCGUACAAAAAGAUUGCCUUGAUCAAGUUCGAGACAUAUGCGGAGGCCAAGCAAGCAUGGUCUAGUCCCAAGGUCAUCUUUGAUAACCGAUUUGUCAAGGUCUAUUGGCACAAGCGACAGGACGGAGACAACGAGAAGAGCCAGCCUGAAGCACCUGUCUUGGAUCCAGAAGAGUUCGAGAAGCAGCAGCAAGAAGCUCAGAGGGCUUACGAAGAGAAGGCGAAAAAGCGACAGGAGUACGAACAGGCCAAACAAUCUAUUGAACGCCAGCGCGAAGAGUUGCAGAAGAAGCAACUGGAGGAAAAAGUACGAUUGCUGGAGCGCCUCGGUGAUAUGGAUCGCGAAGAAGCAAAGCGCGACUCCAUGGAUACCACCUCAGACGAAAACGGAACUAAGGAAUCAUUGCGUGCGCAAAUAGCUGCUCUUGAGUCCGAAGCACAAACUCUAGGCAUCGAUCCGAUCGCUGCACGUGGCGGCUAUCGUGGCCGGGGUGUUCCUCGUGGCCGAGGCGGGUACCGUGGACGCGGUGCCUUUGAUCCCUCAUUCCGCGGUGGAUAUCGUGGCCGUGGCGGACCUGCUCGUGGCCGGGGUGGUGUGUUGCGACUUGAUAACCGUCCACGACGAGUUGCUGUGGCCGGAGUAGAGCUCAACUCGGACAAGGAUGAAGCUCUGCGGCACCACCUACUUACAAUGGGUGAAUACGAGUCCGUUGAGCAGAAUCCCAGCCAGCCUGAUUCAGUGGUUGUGACCUUUAAGGAACGAUACCAAGCCGAGAAAUUCUGGGUCAGCCCUCGAAACAUUCCCUCCGUUGGUGAUGUUGAACUCUCGUGGCUUCCCAACCUUCCCGCUCCUCAGCCGUCUGUCACAACUCCAGAGCUGGACAACGGUAUUGGGUCGUUGGGCGAUGAUGGCAAAAUGGCCAUUGACUCCGAGGUUCGUACUGCUCCACGUGCGGACUUGGAUUACGACGUUGCUGAAGAUGAUACUUGGUAA